CAUCCCUCUUGUUUCGCGCCGCGCGUCCCCCCUUGCUCAAGCAUGUGAUGCCCUAGUUUUGUCAUCUUCAGCGGAGAUCAUUCAUGUCCAGGUUCGCAUCAUGGCAGCUGGGUGUGAUGGUGCUCUCCUUGCUCGCCAUUCUCAGCGCCCUUCACAGCCUGCCAGCGACGCCAAUGGACGCCUUCAAGGGACCACGAGGCGAGUGGCAGCUCGUCAAUCAUGUGCUUCCCUGGAUGCGGUGGCCAAAAGCCAAAAGCAUCGCCUGUCGAAGAGCCCCAUGCUGCAGGUCUGCAAACAGCACAGGCAGACAGACAGACAGACAGACAGCACACCGGAUUGCAAAUCGGCGUGUUGUGUGUUCUUACUUGCAACAGGUUUCUUGUCGGCACUGGAGCGAGCCAACAUCACCACGGCCCACCUGCAGUCAAAGCUCGACAAUCCCAUCACCCUUUCCGACACCCGGCGCAUCAUGGACGCCGUGACGCCCUACCUCUUGAUGCCGCCAGAGGACUGUGGCCUCGUGGAUGCGGCCGUCACGUCGAGAGAGGACUGUGGCCUGGUGCAGCGUCGUGACGAGGCGGACGACCGUGGUUUUGCCCAGGAUUCCAUUGCAGACUGCAGCAGCCGCUUCUUCUGGCGCGUGCUGACUGGCAGACGGAGAGAGAAGCCCAUACGCAUUGUCGACGUGGUGAGGAAACGAAAAGAGGUCGACAGAGCCACAACAUGCUUUAUGCGUCCGUCCAUCCAGGUGCUGUUUGGCUACGAGCUAGAUCUGCUCGAAAUCCGCUUCCAUGAGCUGGACGACGUCGUCGCCCACACUGUGUUGCUUGAGAAUGAGUUGUCGAUGAAGGGCGUCCCCAAGCCACUGAUGUGGCAAGAGGCACGGACACAGGAGAGGUUCGCCCGAUUCGCCAAUCGGACGUCAUCGGCGGUGGUGCUGACCCGCGACACGCCCGUCAAGAAACGGGGCCUGUGGCCGUGGGAGAGGGCCACGCGGCAGGCUGCCUUCCGAGUUGUGAGGAUGGUGGACAUGCAGGAAGGGCUUGAGCUUGACAAUGACGAUGUCAUCAUAUAUGGAGGUAGGUGGCAACGUCUGCAGGCAGUAGGCGUGGUGCACGCCGUUCCUUCCUUUGCAUCCUUGUGGCUUGGCCAGAUUUGGAUGAGAUGCCCUCGGGUGAGUCUCUUCGUCACCUGCAGCAGUGUGAGCCGCGGCCGGGGGUCUUUCCUCUCUCUGGCGGUCUCCUUUUCUUCAUUGGGUAAGUCAGUCAGCCAGUCAGUCAGGCACCCAACCGCCAUACACAGGCGAUCGCCGGCCGUGUCAUUUCUGCCCGCCAAACAGUCGUUUGGAUGAGGUGUAUCUGAGUGACAGCCCCGUGCCAGGCUGGAAGUACCUUCUCGAGCGACCCUCGUACCACAGUGAACACCAAAGACAAGAGCACAGAGAAGGACAAUGACACGACAUCUCUGUGCGAAUGCUUCUCUGGAUGCAGGAUGGCACGACGCCAAGCGGAUUAGGAGGCUGGAGCAGCCCAAGAGGGUACGCCAUCAGACAGAUCUGUGCUCCAUACCAGAAUGGCAUGUCCAUGUGUGCAGCCGGGUGGGUACCUACCAGGAGGAUGGCACCUCUCAGACUACCCCUUCCUGCCCUUCAUCCUCAUCAAGCGCAUCACCAUUUCCGAAUCGAGGGCACUCGAGAGCCACAUAUGGCGAGACGUGCUCAGGGGUGAAGUUCGACCUGAUUUUCGGCCGCUGAUGAAGGGAUGGAAAAAGCGACUUACGAGAUUUGAUGCGCUUGCGGCUCACAACGCGAGAUACCGGAUGCUGGGUGAGGUCGCGGGCAGGGGGCCGUGGUACCUGUUGUGUAAUCGAGAGCGGUUUCCCGCUUGGUUUUGGAUGAGAGACAGGCGACUCGACUGAUG